AUUGAAAUAAAUGACAUAGAGAAAGACAUAUGGAACAAAGGAACAAUGUGACUGAGUUUGUCCUUGUGGGGCUCACUCAGAACCCCCAGGGACAGAAAAUAUUAUUUGUUGUGUUCUUGCUCAUCUACAUUGUGACAAUGGUAGGCAAUACACUCAUCGUUGUGACCGCGGUGGUCAGCCCAACUUUGGAUGCCCCUAUGUACUUCUUCCUUGGCUACUUAUCAUUUAUGGAUGCUGUUUAUUCUACUACAGUUACCCCAAAUAUGUUUAUAGACUUACUCUAUGAGAAGAAAACCAUUUCGUUCCAAGCUUGCAUGACCCAGCUUUUUAUAGGACACUUAUUUGGUGGUGCUGAGAUUUUACUCCUGGUUGUCAUGGCCUAUGACCGCUACGUGGCCAUUUGCAAACCCCUGCAUUAUUUGACCAUCAUGAACCAAAGGGUGUGCAUUCUACUGCUGCUGUUGGCCUGGAUUGGAGGUUUCUUGCAUGCUGUGGUUCAACUUCUUUUUGUCUACAACCUUCCCUUCUGUGGCCCCAAUGUCAUUGACCAUUUCAUCUGUGACAUGUACCCUUUAUUAAAACUUGCCUGCACUGACACCUACGUCAUUGGCCUCACUGUGGUUGCCAAUGAUGGGGCAAUCUGUGUGGUCAUCUUUAUGCUGUUACUCGUCUCCUAUGGGGUCAUUCUGCACUCCCUGAAGAACCUUAGUCAGGAAGGGAGGCGCAAAGCCUUAUCUACCUGUGGCUCCCACAUCACUGUGGUGAUCCUCUUCUUUGUCCCUUGUAUUUUCAUGUAUGUGAGACCCCCUUCGCCCUUACCCAUUGAUAAAUCCUUGACUGUGUUUUACACUGUUAUCACCCCUAUGUUGAACCCUCUAAUCUAUACCUUAAGAAAUGCAGAGAUGAAAAGUGCUAUGGAGAAGUUCUGGACCAGAAAAAGAAAAUGAAGUGACAGACAAACGUAUCAUCUAUUUUCAGUGAAGAGUUGCUCCCUCCAGGAAAGCCAUGUGUGAUUAUUUAAUUGUAGUAAAAUUUUGCUCAGGUUUAAUAACGUGUAUGCAGUGAAAAUCAUUUAUUACAUGAAUACUUGCAAUGAUCAAAAUAUAUUUGUAAGAUUUUUAUAAUUUAUUAGGAAAAUAUAUGUGUACUUUUGUCUGCAGAAUGGCU